AUGGACCUCCAGGAAUCUUUGGCAGAUGAUUCUCAUCUGGAACCUGAUGAGUAUGCGCGGUUGAAAGGGUUAUCGGUCGACUCCCAAGUCCAAGUUUCUCUUUUACUUGACCAUUUCCAAAGGCAAAGCAAUCAUCUGCUAGAUGAUAACGUAGCCGAUGACGACUCUCUUACUCAACUACGUAUCCCGCGCCUUAUUUCUCAAGUCGAACAACUUGAUGGUGUAUCUAGAGAGUCACUUGAACUAUUGAGUCAUGCUGCAUCGUUGGGACGCGAUAAUAAUCAUGCAUUUGAUUGUCCUCCUCGUGUAGACUUUUCGCAGUUGAAAUUGGAAUCCCCCUUGCUCCGAAGCGAUCCCGAAUACGACUGCCGGGAACUUGCUAGGUCUAUGCAGCAGCUGCGACGAGCGGAUGUAGAUCUAACAAGUGUUCCGCUGGAGCCUCUUAACGUUUCAAAUGACGAGAGCUUGGAUUUUCCAGAGAUAUCUUACCGAUAUAAGCAGAUGAUAAUUGAAGAAAUUCGGGAUGAGAAGAUAGAUAUCACAAAAGAGGCUCUUAUCUAUCUUUCCCGAAUGCUGAAAGAUGUCUGGACAUCGGAAAGUCAUAAUGAGUUAUUAAACAGACUUUCUAGCCGAAGAGUUCUUCGAGAUUUAGCUCUUACACCUCCUCUUAGUCCGUAUCCGCAGAACGAAGGCUAUUUCAUCCCUGAAGAUGUAGCAUGCCAAGUCCCGUUGUCUUCAGAUAACAGCACGCUGCUCGAUGAUGAUUUGACGAAGGCCGAAGCGGACCUACUACGAGAGGAUGAUUAUCAUCCCGACAUCCCCUCCCUUGUAGACCUCGAACCACUAACCAUACCCCCAUCAGACGACUUCAAACUGCCAGGCGCAACACGGCUGAAAAUUGACUCAAUAAAAGUUGAAGGUCCCCUGAGCCCAUUAAAUUCCAUACCUUCAUCGUCCGAAUUAGCUGUAGACAUGGUAGACCUCGCUAGGUGCGUGGAUAUCGAUCACGUACUCGACAAGCAGCGAUCGAUUAUACCGGAUGCUAAAGGCGUAAAGGAUCCAAAUGGGAUAUUUAGCGACGAUGUUAUGACCGCUUUUGUGGAAAAGGCAAAAUAUAUUAAGAGAAGUAUCGAGCAGGAAAAAUUACAGGCCGCAGAUGCGAUGGCUAGAAUCGAAAUUCCUACGAUGGAUUUCUCGAUUCCUGACCCCAACUGGAAAGAAAUCGAGCCAAAACCUGCGUCACAACUGGCGUGGAUAGAAAGGACAUACGAGGCUUUUAAUGUACCCCCAUGGCCGAAGGACACUCAAGCAGAACGAGCUCUUCGCUGGUUCCCCUUUCCGUCUAAGAUGGGCCACGUAUCUAUGAAUGAGAUAAUCGUAGAUGAUGGUACUGCAAAGGUCUUGCUCAAUUUCUCCGGUCCUCUCGAAGUGCCAACAAGUGGGGAGUAUGUCUGGAAACAGCCAGGUCUGGCUAUCCUUCGGGAAUGGGAUGAUGAUGAUGAAGAGGAGCAAGAAUUACCUUACGUUUCUGGCGAGGAAAGGAACAUUGAGUCAUUAGUGAGAAAGAGGCGGCUAGAACUCAAUAACUCAUCAGAUUCAGCUUCGCCAGUCGGAGUAGUUCGUGCCCCUCAAGCCACGGGAACAGAAUCAUGUCAAACUUCACUUGACGAGCAGGGUCAGCACUCACACCUUCUCCUUGGUUGCAACGAUGCUUCCGCUACGUCGACUCUACUUUCUAAUUAUCUCGACUUUCACAUCCCAAAACGGCAAAAGAAUAUGAAAAGCUCCUUCUUCCCAACCUUUGCUAAAGAAGCAGACGACCUCAAAACAAAGGUAGAUUUAAGUACCUCGGCGAAAAGUCUACUAGAUGAAACAUUAGUAUCAAAACCAGAGCUAGAGAGAGAACCGGCGAUUCCUGCUCCUUGUCCCCCGUUGCAACCAAUCCUUACGCGCACGAAGAUAAUAAAGGCGCUAACACUUGAACGAGGUGUGCUCUCCCGGCUCGAGAAAUCCCACCCAAAUAUUGAAAUAAUCGAACGUGACUUCGACCGUUGGAAUUCUUCAGCAUGGAAUCGUAAUUCAGUAUCUCGGUCCCCGAUUACGUCGCCAUUGGCUGCCGAAGCGGACGUAAUUGUUUCUCCUGCCACCGGAAUCGUGAUCAUUACAUUGCUUAGAGCUAUACAGAAACCACCUCCGGGUCAGAAGGGCGUUUCAAAGAUCCGGGAACGUAUACGUAGUGUAGCGCUUCGGUACGAACGUCUCAUCAUCCUUGUAUCAGAAGGAAAUCGUGUUGAUGAGACAGCCCGGAGCCUUACGCCUGCGGAGUGUGCUGGCUAUGCCGAUUUUGUCGGCUUCACUACUGGACUGGACACGAAUGUGCAGGUUUACUAUGUGGGAGGCGGCGAUGAUACACUUGUAAAAUGGCUAGUCUUUUUUCUAGUCCGCCAUGCACCAGACGCAGAAGCAUUGGAAGACAUAAUUAUCCAAGAGGAGUCGCUAUGGGAGCUGUUCUUACGGCGGGCCGGUAUGAAUGCGUAUGCUGCACAGGCUAUACUCGGACAGCUCAAGGCGCCUGAUGAUAUUCCUGAAGAGCGGGCGGGCAAAUACGGGCUUCCAGCGUUUAUUAGGAUGGCGCCAAAGGAGAGGGUCCAAGCGUUCCAAAGUCUGAUGGGUGGAGAAAGAGUGUUGAAUAGAGUCAAUGAAACUCUGGAGACUCAAUGGGGUUGA